AUGCACGCGCCGCACCCGCAAAACGCCCUCGUACUGCCGGCGAUGCGACCGACGGCGAUGCAGCAUCAGCAUCGCUAUCAGCAUCGAAUGCGCCUCUACAGUUGUGGCAAGUGCAGCAAGAGCUAUGCCCGCCUCGAUCAUCUAUCGAGACAUGUUCGCAUGCAUACGCAGGAAAAGCCAUACGCUUGCCAAGUUUGCACCAAGGCCUUUGCACGCGCCGACUUACUGAAGCGUCACACUCUUGGCCAUUCGAAGGAUGAUCCCCAGUCGAAGCCUACUAUUAUUCAGCAUAGCCGAGUGUCUCAAGCGUGCGAAGCCUGUGCGGCACUUCACCUCAAGUGCGAAGAAGAGAAGCCGUGCAAGCGGUGUACGAAGAAGGGCAUAGCGUGCAACUACACGGCCAACUUUGGACCAAGCGACAUUCAUCACUCACCUACGCAGAAUGCAAACUCACCUCCUUAUGCACAGCCGUACAGCAAUGAUUUUGCGCCACAGCCAUAUGGUAACAAUGUCUCGCCCAUGCAGAAUAUGCAGAAUCUGCAGAAUCUGCACCAAAUGCAUCACACACCUCCGAUGCAACAUGGAAAUUCAUAUCCCGCGCCUGGCCAGCAAAUGACGCCCAUGCAGAUGGAGCAGCCACCGCCAGCACCACCGCCAGCACCAAUGGCCAUCGAUCCGGCAAUGCUGCCAACACCGGCGCAGCAACCCAACAUGUUUGAUUAUCUGCGAGACAAGAUGAUGCCUCCCGCUAGCCAGGCCACCGGCGUCCAAGCCAUGGACUUCCAAGCCGGGCCAUGGACUCCUCGCGAGCUGUUUGACUUCGGCGUUGACACCAAUAUGGACCUCAACGAGAUGGAUCUUACUUUCCUCGAUGCCUAUAACAACGCGAACCCCUUUGAUCUCAGGACUCCGAGCAUAGGCUUCCCCACAGCAGGAUCGGAUGUUGUGCAAAGCUACACCGCUGCUUCGUCGGAGCCGCCUAUUGAUAGACACGCACUACCAAAAGCAUCCGUUUGGCGUUUUAGACCGAUUUCGAAGGAUAGCGGGAGCGCCGAGCAAGCGAACCUGUCGCUGCCUACGCCUACUAGUCUUGAUAUCGAGAGACGCGUGACUACAGAACCCCUCUCCCAGAUAUCUCGAGACAGGAUUCUGGCUAUGAUACUCAGCACCUGCAAGCCUAACAGUAUACCGCGUGCCGUCUCGUGCUUUCCAUCUCUGAGUCUCCUGGACAGCCUCUUCCAAUUCUCGCUAACUUCUCCGGGCUCACAUGCAAAGCACUGGAUCCACGCACCUACACUGCUAGCGGGCGUUGCGAGGCCCGAAGUCCUUGCAGCAAUCGUGGCAGCUGGAGCUGUUUUGACCCCAGAUGCAUCGAUACGCAAGGUCGGCUAUGCAAUACAGGAAGCGAUCAGGAGUGCUGUAUCAGUGCAGAUCGAGGAUGACAACACGCUUAUGCGAGAUCUCACCAUCAUGCAAGCCUCGCUCCUUCAGCUCAAAAUCGGCUUGUGGAGCGGUGACUCCCGCAAGAUGGAACUUGCAGAAGGCUUUCAACAGGUGCUUGUCACCAUGGCUCGUCGUGGUGGACUAUUCCGUCGUGGAACCUACGAGCGAAUCGUUCCUGAAGCAGACGAUGAAGCCGAAGCUCUUGAAGACAAAUGGAGGAAAUGGGUGAAGCAAGAGUCCAGGAAGCGAUUCGCGCUGCAUUUAUUCCGGCACGACCUUGAAGCAUCGGUCUCCUUACUCAGUAGCCCUUUGAUAUCAUAUGCCGAGCUUUACCUGCCACUACCGGAGUCCGAGAGCCUAUGGCAUGCGCCUUCUGCAGAAUCUUGGAAGGCAACGUACAUGCGCAAUCCUGGUCCCAGGCAUGAGCGACAGCCAUCAUUGGUCGAUUGCAUUCAGGACCUCGACAUUCUAGGGGUCCGCGACAUCUUCUUUGACCAGAGGCAAGCCAGUAUGGCCGUCCUCGGUGCGGCCUGGCGCAUGAUCUGGGAAUACAGACAGCUGGAUUCAUCGUUGAAAGACGUCAACAAUCAAUGGAGUAAUGGCAACCUGUUGAUGAACACGAGACAUGGCGAGUUAACAAAGCUUCUCCAAUGUUUCCGAAUAAGCUCGGUUGAAGACACGAAAGUCACGCUCAUCGUCGAGCUGCUGCUCAUGCACCUACACAUGUCUCUCGAUGAUGUGCAGCUUUUUGCAGGUGUUGAAGGCGAAGAGGAAUCUAGAAGAGUUUACCCGUCCCUCGUGCAGUGGACUAAGACGACUACGGCUCGCCAAGCGCUGUGGCACGCAGGGCAGGUAAUUCGAGCCGCAAGGGAACUUCGACCAAGUCUGAUAUGCGAUUUCGCUGCGAUUGCCGUAUAUCAAGCAAGUCUUGCGUUUUGGGCUUAUGGGAUAGUGAGCCGAGCCACCGAACCAGGACCGUUUGCGAACAAUGGCAUCACCGCUUUGCUUGAUGGCGCGGACGACAAUGCUGUGAAGCGCUGGAUAUUGAAUGGCAAAGCUAACGCCGCUAUCCGAACGUGGAUCAACAAGCCUACCUCACCCCCAGCUGAGACUGCGGUCAUGAUCUCGAAUCCAGAUGAAGUUCUCGGCGCCGUGGUUACAGCCAUGCGAAGAAACCACAAUGAGACCAGGAACCCGCCUUUGGUCGACAAUCUUAUUAAUAUCAUGGAAGGACUCCGGAAGGCUGCCAGGACAUAG